UUGUUUUCCAUUUCCCCCCCCAUAUAUUCCUUGCUUUCGCUGACUACUCACGAUGUCCAGUCUACCCAACCAAUCCCUCCCGGCAGAACCGCAACCUGGCGUAGAGGAAGUCCUCGACAAAUUCCAGAAGCUCGGAGAAGAAGCCGUCGAGGAAGAUGCCGGUGAAGAUGAUGCCGAUGCCGCUGAGGAGGGUGUUGAUGGGGAGGAUGGCGAUGAACAGCCUGAGGAUGGUGAGGGAGGGGAAGGUCUUGGAGACAAGAAGAAGAAAAAGAAGAAGAAGAAGAAGGGAAAGGCUAGCAAAGCUGUCGAAAAGCUCAAGACUAUCGCUACAGGUCAAGCCCCUCAGGAAGUCAUCAAUGCUGUAAGAGGGCAGAUGGAUUCCUCUGAUAGCAAGGCCGCUACCGACGAGGAGAUUCGACGUGCUUUGAAAGCGGCGGAUUUGAUGAAGAUCCUUGAUGGUAAAAUAGCUUUGGGCAAUAAGUCUGGUACCAAGAACCUCGGCGAGCACAAGUUUUGGAAGACCCAGCCCGUUCCUCAGAUCACCGGUUCCGGCGCUCCAGCUCCUAUUGAAGAAGGCCCUAUCGACGAUCCCAAAACCCCCGCAGACGUCAGACAAGAACCUGGGGUUUUACCCGCUGGAUUCGAAUGGAGCACUAUCGAUAUCAAUGACGAGGAGCAAAGUAAAGAAGUUUACGUCCUGUUAUGCGAAAAUUAUGUAGAGGAUGACGAUGCCAUGUUCCGAUUUAACUACUCUAGAGAAUUCUUACUCUGGGCACUUACCGCUCCAGGAUACUUGCCAGACUGGCACAUUGGUGUACGCGUACAAAAGACAAAGAAACUUGUUGCUUUCAUUUCUGGUAUCAAGAUUGACAUUCGCGUUCGUGCCAAGACAUUCCCCGCGGCCGAGAUCAACUUUCUUUGCGUCCACAAAAAACUCCGAUCCAAGCGCCUCGCACCGGUAUUAAUCAAAGAAGUCACCCGACGAGUCAAUUUGACAAAUAUCUGGCAAGCCAUCUACACUGCUGGUGUCAUCCUCCCUACUCCUAUCGGUACCUGUCGAUACUUCCAUCGCAACCUCAACCCCCCCAAACUCGUCGACAUUGGCUUCUCCCCCCUUCCCCGGGGAAGCACCAUCGCUCGUCUCGUACAACAAUACUCUGUUCCCUCUCACCCCCGUAUCCCCGGUUUCCGCGAGAUGAAGAAGGAAGACGUGCCCCAAGUUGGAGCUCUGUUGAGGAGAUAUCUGGAUAGGUUCGAUGUGGCGCAAGCGUUCAGGGAUGAUGACGAGGUUGAGCAUUGGCUUUUGAGUGGACAGGGGAAGGAGGUGGGCGGGAGGAGGGUAGAGCAGGUCGUUUGGGCCUAUGUCGUCGAGGACCCAACAACCCACCGUAUCACCGACCUCAUCUCCUUCUACGCCCUCCCCUCAACCAUCAUGAAACACCCCAAACACAACUUGCUCAAUGCCGCUUACAUGUUCUACUACGCUACCGACGUCGUCUUCCCGCCCUCAUCCUCUUCUGCCAACUCUGAUGUCGAUGUCGAUGCCAAUGCCGGAGAAAGCUCGGUAGCGGCUGUGGGUACGGGAGGGGAAGAUGCGAAAACGAAGAAAAAGUUGGAGACGAGGUUGAAUGCGCUGACUGCGGAUAUACUGAUCAUCGCCAAACAGGCUGGUUUCGAUGUCUUCAACGCACUGACGUUACUCGACAACAACAUGUUCUUGCAAGAACAAAAGUUCGGACCAGGCGAUGGAUACCUCAACUAUUACCUGUACAACUGGAACUGCGCCCCUAUCGAUGGCGGACAUCAUUCCACAACUGCCAAACAAGGAUCCAAGAUCGGCGUUGUCAUGCUCUAACCUCAGCCAUCUCCAAUCGCUCAAUUCUCUUCGACCGCGCCGAGCGGGUAGGAUAAUCUCCUUGACAUUUUUUGAUACAAUACUACGCUACUGCUAUGACAUGCAUACC